GGGCGCCGCAGCGCGCGGCGCGGGGUGAGAGGUCGGGACGAUGGCGGCGGCCUUGGGCGAGGAGGCGCCGGACAACGAGGACUACUACGGGCUGCUGAACGUGCGCCGCGAGGCCUCCCAGGAUGAGCUGAAGGCCGCGUACCGCCGGCUGUGCAUGCUGUACCACCCCGACAAGCACCGCGACCCCGAGCUCAAAAGCCAGGCUGAGCGCCUCUUCAACCUUGUCCACCAAGCCUAUGAAGUGCUUAGUGACCCACAGACCAGAGCCAUCUAUGACAUAUAUGGGAGGAGAGGACUGGAGAUGGAAGGCUGGGAGGUUGUGGAACGAAAGAGAACUGCAGCUGAAAUCAGGGAAGAAUUUGAGCGUUUGCAAAGAGAGAGGGAAGAGAGAAGACUGCAGCAGCGAACUAAUCCAAAGGGAACAAUUAGUGUGGGAAUAGAUGCCACUGACCUCUUUGAUCGCUACGACGAGGAAUACGAAGAUGUGCCUGGGAGCAGCUUUCCCCAGAUUGAGAUCAACAAAAUGCACAUAUCCCAGUCCAUCGAGGCACCCCUGACUUCCACAGAUACAGCAAUACUGUCUGGUAACCUUUCCACCCAGAAUGGGAACGGAGGGGGAUCAAUUAAUCUUGCACUGAGACGAGUGAUGUCUGCCAAGGGAUGGGGAGAGUUGGAGUUUGGAGCAGGAGACCUUCAUGGACCUCUCUUCGGGCUGAAGAUAUUUCGUAAUCUUACACCAAGAUGUUUCAUCACCACAAACUGUGCCCUGCAGUUCUCAUCGCGCGGGGUCCGCCCUGGCCUCACCACGGUCCUGGCCCGCAACCUGGACAAGAACACCAUGGGCUACUUGCAGUGGMGAUGGGGCAUCCAGUCAGCCAUGAACACCAGCAUUGUCCGGGACACCAAAACCAGCCACUUCACUGUGGCAAUGCAGCUGGGAAUCCCUCAUUCUUUCAUGAUGGUCAGUUACCAGCAUAAGUUUCAGGAUGAGGAUCAAACACGAGUGAAAGGUUCUCUCAAGGCGGGUUUCUUUGGGACCAUAGUGGAGUAUGGAGCAGAGAGGAAGAUUUCCAGACACAGUGUUUUAGGAGCCACUGUCAGCGUUGGUGUUCCUCAAGGAGUGUCCUUGAAAAUCAAGCUGAAUAGGGCCAGCCAGACCUACUUCUUCCCUGUCCACCUAACAGAUCAGCUGCUUCCCAGCGCCGUGUUCUAUGCCACCGUGGGACCUCUCGUUAUCUACUUUGCCAUGCACAGGCUCRUCAUCAAACCCUACCUCAGGGCACAGAAGGAGAGAGAGCUGGAGAAGCAGCGGGAGAGCACAGCCAGUGACAUCCUACAGAAGAAGCAGGAGGCUGAAGCUGCAGUCCGGUUAAUGCAGGAGUCUGUCCGAAGGAUAAUUGAAGCAGAGGARGCCAGAAUGGGUCUGAUUGUAGUGAACGCCUGGUAUGGGAAGUUUGUUAACGACAACAGCAGGAAGAAUGAGAAGGUGAAGGUUAUAGAUGUGACUGUGCCUCUGCARUGCUUGGUGAAGGAUUCUAAACUCAUCCUCACAGAGGCCUCCAAGGCUGGGCUGCCAGGCUUCUAUGACCCCUGYGUGGGUGAGGAGAAGAGUUUGAAAGUGCUUUAUCAGUUCCGAGGAGUUCUGCACCAAGUGAUGUCAGCUGACAACGAGGCCCUUAGGAUACCAAAGCAAUCUCACAGGAUCGAUGCCGAUGGCUAAUCCGCAUCUCUCACGGUACCUGGGUCAACGGAAAAACUGCAAAACCUCCCCCGGACGCUGCGAGUUUGAACAGAGACACUUUUAUUUUUACUGUCUGUAUAGCAGGCAGUGUCCUGCCGGUUCUGUUAGGGACAAAAGGACAGACCCUGCUGCUCCAGGCGGUUCCCAGGCAAUAUCUGAGUUGUGGCUCGGUACCCAAUAAAGCAGCGUGACUCUGAGUGCACAGUGCUUUCUGCUGGGGCAUCCUGCUCCCAGCUGGCCACAACCCAUUGGUGCACUCACACCUCUCUCCUGGCGCUCAGCAGGGACAAAGACCUGUUGUUCUCACUUCUCCAAAUACUUCCUGGGGUAGGUAACACACCUGUUCAUGAGGGGAUUUUCAGUUCUUCGGCCAUCUCCUGGAAAGUCCCCUGAAAAAUCCAUUUGGAGAGAGGUCAGCGAUUGUUUCAAUCUCAAAUCUGUGUUUGAAAUGCACUUGUUAAGAAAAGUAUGUGCUUAAAUAUGAAUGAAUUUGCCUUUUGUAGUAACAUGGACCUCUUCAGCACCMAUCUGUCCAGCUGCUCAUUUCCAACACUGCUCUUCUAGACAAGGUGUAUCAUAGUUUUAUUUAUUCUUCUGCCACUCACAACCAUGUAUUGUCAAGGGUUUCCAGAAAAGAGGAAAGCAAGUGAGGGAGAAGGACAGCAAUGAAUUUAAUCUGAUUCUGAUGCUGCAACUAUUUCUUCACAUCUAAUUUAUUUCUAGUAAAAAUAGUAGUUCAUACAAGUAAASCAUACCAAAGUGAGGAGAGAUGCAAAUGGAUAAAGAGCUGAAAAGGUAAUGUUCAUCUGCCCUUUCUGCAGCAGUUAUGGCAUGAAUUUACUGGCUUUAUCUUGCCUAGAAGCCCUGUCAGGGAUUUCCAGCAGAAAGGCAGUCCUGGGCUGGUGACACAGCAGCUGGAAACGGCRCCUUGUAGAAUCUGCUACACGCUGGGUACAUCAGCACCACUGAGGCUUUUCCAGAGAGACAAGGCAUCGGGGUAGCUGUUCCUUGGUCACAGUUUUGUUCUGUGUUAGUCCAGACCAGCCUGGACUAACAGCAGAGGGGGAAACAUCUGUGUCUAGCCAGUGCAUGCAGAGUUGCUCUUGGCAACUCCUGCCAUAACUCCUUUCCUGCAUGGACCUGGCCCGUGUUCUGGGCAGCCUUGGUUCUCUGUACUCAGGUCACUGCACCAGGAGAAUGAGAUUUAUGAAAAGCUGACUUACUUGAGCCAGUUUGAAAGAGAUGCUCUCCCCUCUAAAAAACAAGUUCAUAUUAUGAAGGGAUGUUCACUUGUUUUUAUUAAAACCAAAACUUUUAGUUGUGACCAGUUCCUGGUGCAGGGCUUUAUUUURUUUAUGGCCAGCAUUCUGUCCAUCUGAAAUUAAAUGGAAAAUGUGCAAUAAAUUAUAUUAAGCUGAAAAGCAGCUCCCAUUCCCUUUGCAUCUGUAGGAAACUCCUGAGAUUAAAGCCCCGGAAAACAAGAUUUGCAAGUUUUAAGCCUAACGCCUUUCUUCAUCCCAUCCAGCUCACUGACCUCUCCUGGGUGGGACUGGACAGAAGUCUCCUCCAGUUCCUUUCUAAUGUCACUGUACAAAGUGUUUGGUCAGAAGUGAGGAGCCAGCCUGUAGAGACUAAAGACAUGGCAGAAUAGUCCCACACGAGCAUCCCUGAGAGCCAGAUGCUGGGUCAGUCUCCCCAGUUCACCUCCUCCUUUCUUGUUUUCUGUGCCAAGUUUUGGUAAGACUUCAAGAGCAGCCCCACUGCAGAACCACAACCUUUACCACCAUAUUCUUGCUGUGAGCAGCUGCCAUUUUACAGCCACAACUCCCCUGGGACUUCUCUUUAUCACUCUAGAAUUCAGAAUUACCAACAGAAUUAAAAUAGAAGCUCUAAGCAAGCAGAGCUUAGCUUGCAGUGUGACCUAGUGCCAUUUCCAAAAGGUUGAGCCACCUUUUCAGUUUGCCAAGGUGUUCAGGCUGCUGCUUUGAUGGCACUACUCGUGGGGUUGUGGUACAUCCAGGAGCUGCAGGGUGGCACCAAGGCUCUGGCAGCCCUUGGGUGGUUCAGAGUCCUCGAUGCUGCCCGGUGGCGGGGAGGGAGGGAGCUCUCUUUGACCACAGCUCCCAGAGUGUUCACAGGGGCUUGAUUUGGGUCUGGCCAAGAAUCUCAUCCUUACCAGGGGGUGCAGUGCAGCCCUAAGGCUGUUUGUGAGGCUGCAGGGACCUGGUGCCAGGACUGUGCAUUCCGACACCAUUGGCAUUGUGGCCUGAGCCCCAUCCCCCAGCUCAGURAUYGCAYCCUUCUGCAGGUCCCUGCYGCCUUCAGCCACUCUGGGCAGUUGYUGCCUCCCAUCCCUCCACCCUGCCCAGCCACAGGGCUCUGUCMCCAUGUCCCACACUCAGCAGAGCCUGGCAAGGAGCAGCUGCUCCAGAAAAAGGYGGAGAUACCUGCCAGCUCUUCCUACCCCUGCCUGACUUGAUGUAUUUUUUUUUUGGGAAGAGCACUUGAAGUGUCCUGUCUUCCUGCUGCCUAGCACAACAGCUCAUGCAUCAUUAAAUCAUAACAGCAGACUCCUGAGUUUGGAACAAACUCRUUGUUCAUUUGUCUCACAUUUAAGAAAAAAACAUGGUUCAUUAAAAGUUUUAAUGAAAAAAUAAAGUUCUGAAUUAAACUAUAA